ACAAGUUCUUCAUUAGUCGCCUAGCUCCCUCAACAAUGGUUUAAAGCAUUUUUUUCUCUCUAUCCAAAUUAAACCCAUUAAGCCAAAACCCUUUAUAAGAGUCUCUAGUGUCCUUUCUUUAUAUAGAGAGAGGAUUGUAGCUGUGAAUAUUCAGUAAAAAUUAAGAAGAUGAGAUCCAGCCUUUGCAGUAUACAGCACGGUCUAACUGCUGAGGCAACAAACAUAGUGAAACAAGCGGUUAGCCUUGCUAAACGCCGAGGUCAUGCUCAAGUGACUCCUCUCCAUGUUGCUAAUGCCAUGCUUUCAUCCUCCACUGGUCUUCUGAAAAGGGCCUGCCUUCAAUCCCAUUCUCACCCCCUCCAAUGCAAGGCUCUAGAGCUUUGCUUCAAUGUUGCGCUCAACCGCCUCCCUGCCUCCUCUGCAAGCCCUCUACUAGGCCCUCGCUACUUGACCCCUUCCCUCUCCAAUGCCUUGGUUGCAGCCUUCAAAAGGGCGCAGGCUCACCAACGCCGUGGCUCUAUUGAAAACCAGCAACAGCCUAUAUUAGCUCUAAAAAUAGAGUUAGAACAGCUCAUAAUAUCUAUUUUAGAUGACCCAAGUGUUAGUCGAGUCAUGAGAGAGGCUGGUUUUUCGAGCACCCAAGUGAAAAAUAGGGUAGAACAAGCUGUUUCCUUGGAGAUUUGUUCUCAAAAUAGAAGUCCUUCUAUGAGUAGCCAGUCCAAGCUGGAAAGCACCAAGGCUCUGGUUCUAGGUACUAAUAUGCAUCUUUCUCCACAUUUUAGUCAGUUCAAAGUGUCACAAGGUAAAUCCUUGGAUCAAUUCAGGAGUGAAGAUGUAAUGAGUGUGUUGAAUGAACUCUCGAACAAAAGAAAAAGAAACACUGUUAUUGUGGGAGAGUGUCUGGCAAGCGCUGAGGGCGUGUUUAGGGGAGUGAUGGAAAAAUUUGAAAGAGGAGAUGUUCCCGGGGAGUUGAGGUAUAUGAAAUUUAUUAGUCUUCCUCUCUUCUCUCUGAGGAACUCCUCCAAGGAGGAUGUUGAGCAGAAGCUGACGGAACUUGGGUGCCUAGUGAAAUCUUAUAUUACAGGAGGGGUUGUCUUGUAUCUUGGUGAUCUCAAAUGUACUUCUGAGUUUUGGUCAGCUUAUGGCGAAGAAAGGAGAAAGUACUACUGUCCCGUGGAGCACAUAAUCAUGGGGCUUAAAGGAUUGAUGUGUGGAAUUGGUGAAGCUGGAUCAAGAUUUUGGCUCUUUGGGAUUGCCACUUUUCAGACUUACAUGAAAUGCAAAACAGGCUACCCUUCUCUUGAGACUAUUUGGGAUCUUCACCCUCUUACUAUACCGGUUGGCAGCUUGAGCCUAACUCUCAAUCUUGAAAGUAAUUUGCAAGCUCAAGUCAGAAGCAAGGUAUCCGACACAGUGCCUGCUUUGCAACUACUUGAAACUGGAUUUGAUGAGCGCCUAACUUGCUGCAACGAUUGCAUGGCCAAGUUCAACAGAGAAGUUCAAAACAUUGCUAGUGACAGCUUUUGUAACAAAGAGACAGCCGCCAUUUCCACUACCUCAAGCUUGCCUUCAUGGCUCCGACAGUCGAAGGAAGACAGCAGAAAAGAGUCUUUGAGUGAUCAGGAAUUUACUACUGUCAGGGAUCUCCGCAAGAAAUGGAACUCAUUCUGCAGUUCAGGCCAUAAGCACCCUAAUAUCCCUCACAAAACCUUCAUUUUCACUUCGCCCUCUCCUUCCUCCACAUCAGUCUCUUCAUACGAGCGCAACUCCGACUUGCGUCAGACCCACUUCAGUUGGCCUAUCACCUUCGAACCCAAACAGACUCCAAGUGAACCGCAGUUUUGGAUGUCUGAAACUAAUGAUGAAGGCUAUGAAAGCAAUUUGAGAGAGUUCAUUCCAGAGAGAAAUGGCCCUAAACCAGACCUUUUGUCGAAUCCAAAUUCUAGCCCUAACUCGGCUUCUUCAAGUGAGGUAAUGGAGGAUAUGGUUGGCCUUCAGAUGUUUAGAGAGCUUAAUGCUGAGAACUUGAAGAUACUAUGUGAUGCAUUAGAGAAAAAGGUUUCCUGGCAGAAAGAGAUUAUUCCUGAGAUUGCGACAGCUAUCCUUCAGUGCAGGUCUGGGAAAAGCAUAAGGAAAUGCAAUUUGAAAGACAGAGAAAGCAAAGAAGAAACUUGGAUGUUCUUCUUAGGUGUUGAUAAUGAUGGCAAGGAAAAGAUUGCAAGGGAGCUUGGUAAACUUGUUUUUGGCUCUCAAAGCAACUUUGUUUCGGUUUGUUUGAGCAGUUUCUCAGAUUCAACUGCGGAAUCCAAAAACAAAAGAACGAGAUCAGGUGAACUCGGUUCCAGCUAUCUUGAUAAAUUUGGCGAAGCAGUGAAUGAGAAUCCUCAUCGUGUGUUCUUCAUGGAAGACGUAGAUCAACUUGAUUACUGUUCUCAAAAGGCUAUCAAGCAAGCAAUUAAAAGUGGAAGAGUAAUUCUUCCCGGAGGUGAUACUGUCUCUCUUAUGGAUGCCAUUAUCAUUUUCAGUUGCGAAAGUUCCAGCUCAGUGUCCAGAGCCUGCUCUUCCCCAAAAAAGCAAAAACAUGCAGCUGAGAAUGAUCAAAAAACCAAUAUUGAGGAUGACUUGGUUGAGAAAAGCCCAUCCCUCUCACUAGAUUUGAAUAUUUCGAUCGUAGAAGACAAUGGAGAUAAAAAAUAUUCAGUUGGUGUCAUUGGGAUUCUGGAAUCUGUGGAUAUGCAAGUUGCCUUCAAAGUUCAAGAGUUGUGAUUUUGUAACAGGAGGAAUAUGGAUUGAUCUUCUAACAGGGCAGAUACUUUUUGUUGUUGUUGUUUUUUUUUUAAUCUUUUUAAUACAGGCUUUUGGUGAGGGAUAAACGAAAAAGACGGGAAAAUACAGGCCGUUCACGAGGAUUUUCCUGUGUUAGUAGUGGUAGGAUUUGGCCAUGCAGAGCUAUGUAUAUUGGUUUAUCUUUGACGUUCUUAUUGCUGCAUGUAACAGGUUGCACGCUGCACUGCGAAAUAUUUUUUUCCUUUUCUUUGGGAUUUAUGAUUUCAGAUUGCAGCCGUUUAUUAA